AUGCAUCGUUUGGAGCUUCAAUACGAUAACAAUGGCAAGCUCACGAUUAAUUUCGACUAUAAAAAUUCCACAGCUGUGUGCUACCUUUCACAAUAUGCCUCGAACGUCCGAAAAAUACACUUCAAAAUCAAAUUCCCAAGUCCGAACCGCAACGACUCUGAUCUUGCGAGAGUCACAGGAGAAAUCGAGGAUAUCGUCACCGUAAUCAACAACGAAUUCACAAACGUGUCCCAAUUCGAAGUGUCAUUCUUCCUACAUAGACUCGAUGUGAAUCAGCUCUCGAGUGCUCUUGCCUUUCGAAGACUUCGUCUUAGAGGAUGCGAAUUGACUUACUUUGUUGAAGGUAAGUGGACAGAUACAGUUGAUAUGGAUUCAGACUGGCUUGAAGAUCUUGAACCUAUAUAUGGCAGGCCGAACUACAGUAACUAUUUUCCCUGUGAUAGCGAUGAGGAGGAAAUAUGUAUGGCCUCGGACUCGGAGUAG